GGAGACGUUAUGCGACUGAGGGUAAUGACCCUGACGGCAAGCCCCCAAGCCGUCAUCCCACAUUGAUAGCAUUGGCGUCUCCAUCUCCAUUGCUUCACUUUCCUCUUCCACUUCUUGACUGAUGCGGAUCAUCGUUCCUUAGGAAGUCAGGUACUAUUUUCAUUUCUCCGUCGACCGGAUACACUCUUUUCGGUUCUUAGUCCUGGGGACAUUGUUUACUUUAUUAUAGUUUGUUGAUAUUACUUGCGCGAGCGCAGUUCAGCGUACAAUUACUUAAUACCCUUCAUCAUAUCUACCAUGGCUCGCUAUCAACUUCGACGGCCAUCGCCGGUCAAGGUCUUCCCAAGACGCGUUCGUCGCGACGAUCCAGUCGCGAGUACGAUGCCUGUCGCUGCGGGCGAGGAGGGAGAGGAGGAGGAGGAAGGCCCAGAGAGUCCGGACUCACCCUUCAGCAGCCCGUCCACAGUCGGCGGCGACAUAUCAGAGAGCGAGGACUCGGAAUCCGAAGACGAGGAAGAGCCACCUUCGCCAGUAGAGAGUGGAGCUACAGAGACAUCAGCAAGGCCCGUCCAAACCCUGGGACCCGACCCAACUGCCGCCCCGUCGAUGCCAACAUCAUCAGGAGAGAGUGAUACUGCGACUACGUCUGUACCUUCUUUCACCUUCGGCGCCCCUUCUGGUGGUAACAACGCAGCACAACCUCAGAUCACUGGCGAAACCACCCUAGCGACCGCCGUUCGUCCUACCAUAACGUCAACAAUCAUCAAGGAAGUCAUGCCAACAGGGAGUCCAGAGCGAUCUUCAUCGAUGCCUCCAGUAUCUCUUACUCCGCCGCCUCGAAACACAGCUGAACCAGAAGUUAACGGAAAUGCGGGUCCCCAGAGGCUGCCACAACGCGAACAAGAGCCAAUCAUGACUAAAGAGGCUAUGACCGCAGCAAUUGUCCUGGGUGUACUCGGUGCAUUAGCACUGUUAGUUGCUGGCUUCGUCUUCAUCAAGCGCCGCAAGCGGAGGCAUAGUUACAUCGAUAAGGGCCCACCAUUCGAGACGUUCAAUCCAUACGCAAACGAUCCCGUUCUGCCCCCGGAAACCGCACACGUCGGUGACGCGUCUUCUAUCUUCGCUCGCCUCAAUGGCGGUAAUGCUGGCGGAGCAACCGCUCAUCUGACCCGCUCUACUGACCGCAGCAACACGCUCUUCGGCCCAGGUCCAUACUCCCGUCCCGAAACCGUAUCCACAGAACGCUCUACCCGUGUACCACCGACGCCAAACCCUUUCGCCGAUCCACCCCUCAACAAAGCGUAUGAUGUGUUGAACAACAGACCCAGAAGUACAACGCUCACAGAUCGGGGAAGCUGGCAACAAAACCCCUUCAGGAAUCCGGAGAGCGAGCGAUUCGAUCCGUUCGGAGAGUUGAAGGAGAAGGCUAGGAGGGAGAGGUUACGGUAUGUGGAAGACGCGAGACGAGAAGCUGAGUUGAGGAAGCAGAUGGAGCAGAAAGAAGCGAUGGGACUUAGACCGGAUGGUAUACCGUGGAGCGGUGAGGCUGGGUACAGGUGAUGGCUGGAAUGAGUGUAUAUGUACUUGAUCGACUCUAAGGUUUAACUUUAGCGAAGGCGAAUCGUUUUCGUGACGUCAAUAGCGCAUGCCAGAUACCUUUCGCGUAUAUCUGGACGCCUUUGUACCAUCGUCUGUCUUCGAUUUAAUAGCGUCCGGUCGGUAAUAAUAUCAAUCAAUAUAUUUAACUCGAAGUCA